AUGGUGGAGGAAAACUGCACCACAGUGACAGAGUUCAUUCUCUUGGGAUUAUCGGAAGUCCCCGAGCUCAGAGUCUUCCUCUUCCUGAUAUUCCUUCUAAUCUAUGGCAGCACAGUCUUGGGUAAUCUGAGCAUGAUUGCACUUAUUCAGGUCAGCGCUCAGCUUCACACUCCCAUGUACUUUUUCCUCAGCCACUUGUCCUUUGUGGAUUUCUGCUACUCCACCAUCAUUGUGCCUAAGUUGCUGGACAAUAUCAUAAAUAAAGACAAAGUUAUUUCCUUUGUGGGAUGCAUGGUGCAGUUCUAUUUGUUUUGUACUUAUGCAAUCACUGAGGUCAUCCUGCUGGCCAUAAUGGCUUAUGACCGCUUUGUGGCCAUCUGCAAGCCCCUGCUCUACAUGGUCAUCAUGUCCCAGAAGCUCUGUGUAGAGCUGGUGUCUGGCUGCUACCUCUGGGGGGCAGUGUGUUCUCUAAUUCACACAUGCUUAGCUCUUGAGAUCCCAUCCUAUCGAUCCAAUGUGAUUAACCACUUCUUCUGUGAUGUACCUCCUCUCUUUGCUCUUGCUUGCUCUGAUGUCUCUAUGAAUGAACUGUUGGUGUACGUUGUGGCCACUGUCAAUGAGAUCAUCACCAUGGUGGUCAUCCUUACCUCCUACUUAUUUAUUCUCAUCACCAUCCUGAGGAUGCGCUCUGCAGAGGGAAGGCGCAAAGCCUUUUCCACCUGUGCCUCCCACCUCACAGCCAUUGUUAUAUUCCAUGGAACGAUCCUUUUCAAUUAUUGCCGUCCCAGAUCUGGCAACACUCUGGACACAGACAAGAUAGCCACAGUGUUCUACACUAUCGUGAUUCCCAUGCUCAACCCCCUGAUCUAUAGCCUGAGGAACAAAGAUGUGAAAGAAGCGUUCAGGAGAAUGAUAGGAUUUAACUUACUUUCUAAGGGGUCAUUCUCUUAA